GAGGAAUUCUCUCUCUCCCCUUUGGGGUGGAGGCCCGAAUUUUCUUUCGGGACUCCACGUCGCCGGAGCGCGUUCUUAGCGUUUCGAAUCGGAAACCGCGAUAAAUUUCACGCAUUUCUUACACGACGUAAGGGAUAUCACGUGUCGCCAAUUGAAAAAUUACGUCUACGAACGGAAAGAUGCCACCACCAAUUUCGGAGGGUUUGCAACACUGGAAACAAACACGAGGAGCCAAAUAUCGGAAACGUAAACGUGGUGUAAGGUCGCAGGGGGUGACGAGAUUCCUAUUUCCGGUCGGUUGUUUACAACGGUGGCCGAUAACUCCGCGUGUUAUCUGCGAAGAGCUAAGGAAAUUCUAAGGAUGCGACCGACUUUCACUUUUUAAAAAUGGAUUCACCAAUCCUUCUUGUAUAUAUAUUAUAGGUUGAACAAACUCCCACCCCGUUUCUGCCAGAUGGCAGCAGAAAUUAGUCUCGUGAUGCUGUUCCUCUUCGUUGGACAUCUGCAACACAACCAGGUAAAAGGGAGCUUCUGGCGUCCGGAAGGGGAGGGAAAUGCAAGACCUUAUCGCAGAUCUUGGUCUUCCUGGUCUCCCUGGUCAUUUUGUAGCAGAACUUGUGGGACUGGAAUCAUCUCAAGGACCAGGUUAUGUCGAGGAAGGGUGGAUGAGAAUAAGACACAGAAUGGAUUUUGCCCAGGAGAAACAGUCGAAUAUAGGAUAUGCAAUACGCAGAAAUGCCCCUUGGAUUCUAUAGACUUCCGCCAGUGGCAAUGUUCCCUUUACAAUAACCGACAAGUGGCUCAACAAAUAGUCACAGAAUGGAUUCCGUAUCUCAAAGGUCGAAACGAAUGCGAAUUAAGGUGUCAGACAAAGGAGAAGGACCGCCAUUACUCAUUUGGUAAAGUUAUGGAUGGUACUAGUUGCUCCGAUGGGCAGGGGAGCAUUUGCGUUAAUGGCAGGUGUUCGUCCGUCGGUUGCGAUGGUAAAGUGGGAUCGAAAGCUAUGAAAGACGUAUGUGGAGUGUGCGAAGGGGGCAACAAGACUUGCGUGUUCUACAGGAAAGUAUACGUUGGCCAACCUUCGAAACCCGGAUAUCAUCGCGUAGCCAUCGUUCCAGAAGGGGCUAGUCAAGUGGAGAUCCGUGACGACAGUCAAAUCAACCAAUUAGCAUUAACGGACGAUCGUCACCAGUACAUCGUCAAUGGGCCGGGUGUAUACAGUCGCGCGGCUCGUUACGGAGCUUUAGGUACAUACGUAGAAUACCAACGGUUACCUGGCAACAGGGAAAUCAUUCGUAUCCCUGGACCUACAGACCGGAACUCUUACGUCGUGGCAUUAAUGCGAGGCACCCAUCCUGGUAUCUACUACCAGUAUUGGUUAUCGAACGGGGGAGACAGAGGUAAUAGAUCUCAUCCAUAUUUACAACCCGCACAACCCAGAGAAGAGAAAAGGAAAGAUUCUAGGUAUCAUGAGUACGAGAUCGAGGAUUCGAGACCCAGAAAAUGGAACAACGUUGAAAUUAUAGUUGACCGGGAAGAUAAGGGACUAGUCCUUGUCAAGGUGAACGGGACGAAGAAAAACAGUAGCAGGAAAUCAGGCUGCGCCAGAUGUGACAAGGUCAAAGACCCCUCUCGAAAUUACUGCCAGAGCACUUUCGUUCUAAGAGCCAUUGUGACGGACGUGAAGAGGGCCGAAGGGAAAAUUCGAUACGAACUUCGUGUUAUUCGGUCUUUCAAGAGCGGACAACCUCUACAUCAUAAAGAAUAUUUGUGGACGGCGGAUCGUUGUAGAUGCCCAAAAUUGCGACGAAACAGGGAAUAUGUCAUAAUGGCGCGAUUAAGGAGAAGGGGAAGAGAGAGCCGUUUGGUGGUCGAUCGACGAUCCUACGUCAGAAGAUACAAUCAAAAGAGGGGACGUCUCCUAUUGAAGUUGAAAGAGAAACUUAAUUGUCCCAAGUAAUUUGUAAAAAGUAUAAACUUCUCUUUUACGUCACGGAUGUAUAUUUUUUAAAUAAAUAUUCUAACGGAAUAUCCGGUUUUCUAUUG